AAACCCUGAUUGGUCAGGCCUGAGCUAAGUUCUCCAUUUAUGGACAGAUUGUCCGGCCCGAGCCGAGACUCAGCCAGAGGAGUACGGAUUAAGUGGCCGAAGAAAGAGGAGCGAGGCAGUGGAGCGAGGCGGAGUCGCCGAGCGCAUCGGACUCACCUGGGCGCGCGGCGAGCGGCGGGUCCCAGCGGACUCCUGUCUUCCGCAGCAUGCCCCCCGCCUGCUAAGUCGCCGCGGUCUCGCCCUCACCUAGCGCCGCGGAUCCCGCCUGGAUGGAGUCCCCUCUGGGUUCCCAUUGGCUCCUGUGAGUGCUUGGGUGUCGGGAGACUGCUUUUGGCGAGGGGAAGCAACUUUUGAAGUUCGCCCAGGAGACUGCGUUCCAGCCCCAGCUCCCCGGCAGCGGGACCCGGCGGAGGCGCGACCGCGGUGCGAGUCACCAUGGGAAGCAAAGGCGCCUACCGGUACCACUGGCAAAGCCACAAUGUCAAGCACAGUGGUGUGGACGACAUGGUGCUGCUCUCCAAGAUCACAGAGAACUCCAUCGUGGAGAAUCUAAAGAAGAGAUACAUGGACGACUACAUUUUUACAUACAUAGGAUCCGUAUUAAUCUCAGUCAACCCUUUCAAGCAGAUGCCAUAUUUUGGAGACAAGGAAAUUGAAAUGUACCAAGGAGCGGCACAGUAUGAAAACCCACCACAUAUCUACGCCCUUGCAGAUAAUAUGUACAGAAACAUGAUCAUUGACAGAGAGAACCAGUGCGUCAUCAUCAGCGGUGAAAGUGGUGCUGGAAAAACAGUGGCUGCCAAAUAUAUCAUGAGCUACAUCUCCAGAGUGUCUGGAGGAGGCCCCAAAGUCCAGCACGUGAAGGACAUUAUCCUGCAGUCCAACCCACUGCUGGAGGCCUUUGGGAAUGCCAAGACCGUCCGGAACAACAACUCCAGCCGAUUUGGAAAAUACUUUGAAAUCCAGUUCAGUCCAGGUGGGGAACCAGAUGGUGGAAAGAUCUCCAACUUCCUUCUGGAAAAAUCCAGGGUGGUGAUGAGGAACCCAGGAGAGCGGAGUUUUCACAUAUUUUACCAGCUCAUCGAGGGCGCCUCUGCAGAGCAGAAGCACAGCCUUGGCAUCACGAGCAUGGACUAUUAUUACUACCUGAGCCUCUCGGGCUCAUACAAGGUUGAUGACAUUGACGACAGGCGAGAGUUUCAGGAAACUCUGCACGCCAUGAAUGUGAUUGGGAUCUUUGCAGAAGAGCAAACGCUGGUGUUGCAGAUAGUGGCAGGAAUUCUCCACCUGGGAAAUAUCAGCUUCAAAGAAGUUGGCAACUACGCGGCUGUGGAGAGUGAAGAGUUUUUAGCUUUUCCUGCGUAUCUGCUAGGGAUAAACCAGGACCGGUUAAAAGAAAAGCUAACGAGCCGGCAGAUGGAUAGCAAGUGGGGAGGCAAAUCCGAAUCCAUCCACGUGACCCUCAACGUGGAGCAGGCCUGUUACACCCGGGAUGCGCUGGCCAAGGCCCUGCAUGCCCGAGUCUUUGAUUUCCUGGUAGAUUCCAUCAACAAAGCCAUGGAGAAGGACCAUGAAGAGUACAACAUUGGCGUCCUGGACAUCUAUGGCUUUGAAAUAUUCCAGAAAAAUGGCUUUGAACAGUUUUGUAUCAACUUUGUUAAUGAAAAACUGCAGCAGAUUUUUAUUGAACUGACAUUAAAAGCGGAACAGGAAGAAUAUGUUCAAGAGGGAAUAAGAUGGACACCCAUUGAGUACUUUAAUAACAAAAUUGUGUGUGACCUCAUAGAGAACAAAGUGAACCCUCCUGGCAUCAUGAGCAUCCUGGAUGACGUGUGCGCCACGAUGCAUGCGGUGGGUGAGGGGGCAGAUCAGACGCUGCUCCAGAAACUUCAGAUGCAGAUUGGGAGUCAUGAGCACUUCAACAGCUGGAACCAAGGCUUCAUCAUUCACCAUUACGCUGGGAAGGUAUCCUAUGACAUGGAUGGUUUUUGUGAAAGGAACCGGGAUGUGCUUUUUAUGGAUCUCAUCGAGCUUAUGCAGAGCAGUGAGCUACCUUUUAUAAAGUCUUUAUUUCCGGAAAAUCUGCAAGCUGACAAGAAAGGGCGCCCAACUACUGCCGGAAGCAAAAUAAAGAAACAAGCCAAUGACCUUGUGAGCACCCUGAUGAAAUGUACACCCCACUACAUUCGCUGCAUAAAACCAAAUGAAACUAAGAAGCCCAGAGACUGGGAGGAAAGCAGGUACGGGGGGAACCGGGUUGGUGGGGUCAGCACAUUUUUCCCUGUGCUCAAGCUCAGCAGCUCCAGAAAGGCCCAUUUUGCUGAGCGCAUUAGCCCCAUUAGCACGAUCAGCACAGAUAACCCCAAAUCCUCUCAGAAUGUGGGGAUGAUAAAGGAAUACCUUGUCAGCAAAGGCUUUCUACGUCAAUGGCAAGAGAAAAGGAAGAAUGGGAAGCCCAGGAAAGCACAAAGCGAUUGUGCCCACAGGUAUGCCAUUCUGACCAAAGCCACCUGGCCCUCUUGGCAAGGAGACGAGAAGCAAGGCGUCCUGCAUCUGCUGCAGUCAGUCAACAUGGACAGCGACCAGUUCCAGCUGGGGAGGAGUAAAGUGUUCAUCAAAGCCCCCGAGUCUCUAUUUCUUUUAGAAGAGAUGAGAGAGAGAAAGUAUGAUGGAUACGCUCGAGUGAUACAGAAAUCAUGGAGGAAAUUCAUAGCCCGCAAGAAAUACGUUCAAAUGAGAGAAGAAGCCUCAGACCUCUUACUGAACAAGAAGGAGAGAAGGAGAAACAGUAUUAACAGGAACUUUAUCGGGGAUUAUAUUGGGAUGGAGGAGCACCCAGAACUCCAGCAGUUCGUGGGCAAGAGGGAGAAGAUUGAUUUUGCAGACACAGUCACCAAGUACGACAGGAGGUUCAAGGGUGUAAAGCGAGACCUGCUUCUUACCCCAAAGUGCUUGUACUUAAUCGGACGAGAAAAAGUCAAACAGGGCCCAGACAAGGGCCUGGUGAAAGAAGUCCUGAAGCGGAAAAUCGAGAUGGAACGGAUCUUGUCUGUGUCCCUCAGUACUAUGCAGGAUGACAUUUUUAUUCUCCAUGAACAAGAAUAUGACAGUUUGCUUGAAUCUGUCUUCAAAACUGAAUUCUUAAGCCUCUUAGCAAAGCGUUACGAGGAAAAAACCCAGAAGCAACUACCUCUGAAAUUCAGCAAUACGCUUGAACUGAAGUUGAAAAAGGAGAACUGGGGUCCCUGGAGUGCGGCGGGCUCCCGGCAAGUGCAGUUCCACCAAGGCUUUGGGGACCUGGCUGUUCUCAAACCCAGUAACAAAGUGCUGCAGGUCAGCAUUGGACCUGGACUGCCCAAGAACUCCCGUCCUACCAGAAGGAACACUACCCAAAAUAGGGGUUAUUCCAGUGGGACUCAAAAUGCCAACUACCCUAUGAGAGCUGCUCCUCCUCCCCCAGGAUACCAUCAGAACGGAGUCAUCAGAAACCAGUUUGUGCCACAACCCCAUGCUCCUGGAAGCCAGAGGUCCAAUCAGAAAAGCCUGUACACUUCCAUGGCCCGCCCGCCCUUGCCACGGCAGCAGUCUACCGGUUCUGACCGAGUGUCACAGACGCCUGAGAGCCUGGACUUCCUCAAGGUCCCGGACCAGGGAGCUGCAGGGGUCCGGAGACAGACCACCAGUCGGCCUCCCCCAGCAGGGGGCAGACCCAAGCCCCAGCCCAAGCCCAAGCCUCAGGUGCCACAGUGUAAGGCUUUGUAUGCCUAUGACGCGCAGGACACAGAUGAACUCAGCUUUAAUGCCAAUGACAUUAUUGAUAUUAUCAAAGAAGAUCCUUCAGGCUGGUGGACGGGUCGACUACGAGGCAAGCAGGGCCUGUUCCCAAACAACUACGUGACCAAGAUCUGAGGCACUCAUGACUGACGCAUGGGGCAGAGGAGCUCCAGGCACAGACAAUGGGAGGAGAUACUUAGGGGCUCCCCUUCCAAUCCGCAGUGAGCAAUUGCUUCUCCAAGGCCUGGAGCUCUUCUGGUACCUUCCCCCUGGAGGACACUGAAUAGGCUGGGGUUGGGAACAGGGAGUUAUCACUCCACAAACGAUCCUAAAAGGUAGCCCCUUCAUAGGAACCCAGGCAGGCAAAACCACCACGCAAUAAGAUUUAUUUAUUGUAUUUAAACCUGGUGAGAGGACAGGUGAGGUCUGCUGAGAUCUUGUAGGCUUCUGUCAAAACAGCACCCUGCUUCCUCACCAGGCCCAGGGAAUGGCUGUAGGUGGCCGCUGACAAGUGCCUUUAGUUGAAGAGCACAUUUCUUUCACCUCUCUUGUCCAUACCCGACAUACACAUUCCUCUCUGCCACCUUCCCUCAGGGAGGACCCGCCUCUGCAGACUGGGCUCAGCGUGAGCAGGCAGUUCCUGUGCGCAUGCCAAGGGCAAGCAGGCCUGCUGAGCCCAGGAAGACAGAGGGACACUAGUUUACACUUUGCCGGGACCAUCAGGGCCGCCAAGCACAGGUCAGGGGCUGGGCUGCCGGCUUUGCUUUGUUUGGGUCUUCAAUUGGAAUGUGGCUGGCCCAUGUUGGUUUGUGUUUAAAUGCUGUACUUAUUACAAAAAGGAUCUUUUUUUCAAGCUGUACAUUUAUAAAAACCAGAUCAUAUACUGUAUGUAUAAAAAUCUUGAGAUGGUAGAAACAUGUAUGAAUGUACUAAGUAGUAUUCCACUGUACUCAUUCAUAAGGUAGCUUUUCUUACAAAACAUUACCAGGUACUUACAGAUGUGCCCUGCUCUUUUCCAACUAUGGAAACAGUGUCAUUGCUUUCUAGCUCAGUUCCCUGCAGACUCUUCUCAACUCUUUCCCUAUAGGAAUUUUCUUCCCAUCCCUCCCCCUACCUCCUAAAUAAAUAAAGGAAUCAGCGAAUACC